AUCGGCGACUUGCCACUUGUACCCGAGUCCUAAAUCUUCAGCAUUCAGCAUGUCGGAGACCGCUCCUGCCGCCCCCGCCGCCGCGCCUCCUGCGGAGAAGACCCCGGUUAAGAAAAAGGCGGCCAAGAAGCCGGCCGGGGCGCGCCGGAAGGCGUCUGGGCCGCCGGUGUCCGAGCUCAUCACGAAGGCUGUUGCCGCUUCUAAAGAGCGGAGCGGUGUGUCUUUGGCUGCGCUCAAGAAGGCGCUGGCGGCCGCGGGCUACGAUGUGGAGAAGAAUAAUAGCCGCAUCAAGCUGGGUCUUAGGAGUCUGGUGAGUAAGGGCACUCUAGUGCAGACCAAGGGCACCGGUGCUUCCGGCUCCUUUAAGUUCAACAAGAAGAUGGCCACUGGGGAAGCCAAGCCCAAGGCUAAGAAGGCAGGUGCGACCAAGCCCAAGAAGGCUGCUGGGGCAGCUAAGAAGCCCAAGAAAGCCACGGGUGCGGCUACACCGAAAAAAACCGCCAAGAAGACCCCGAAGAAGGCGAAGAAGCCAGCCGUAGCUACUGUGACCAAGAAAGUUGCGAAGAGUCCAAGGAAAGCUAAAGCUGCUAAACCCAAGAAGGCCGCCAAGAGCGCAGCUAAGGCAGUGAAGCCCAAGGCCGGCAAGCCUAAGGUUGCCAAGCCCAAGAAGGCUGCACCCAAAAAGAAGUAGGUUAAUUGUCUACUUCUAAAACCCAAAAAGGCUCUUUUCAGAGCCACCACUGAUCUCAAAAGAAAGACCUGUAUACUCCUUCCGUACUUGCUGUUUCUGUAUACCUGUCACCUUUCGCCUUUUAAUCUAGAUCAAGGUUGCGCAGGAGUCGUUGCAGAAGGGCUGCUCACUACCCUAAGAUGAGCAGCGAGGGCUUGGCAGGGUGCCUGCUGUGACGUUGCAGGGCGUAGACCCAUCCCUGUGGGUUGCUCCUUGCUCUGGGGUGUUUUGGUUAGUCUCCUGGUCAGUAAUUACAAGCGCUGUCCGGAGGCUUGCGUACUUGGGCUAUCUGCCUGCCCCACUCCACUCCCUUGAACAGCAAAUACAACCACAAAGAAAUUCAGCCAGUUUUAGUCUUAACGGGAUAUUCCGAUUGGGCUAAGAACUCAUUCAAAAGUCCCGCCCUGCUCGCGGGUUGGCUCACUUCUCCAGCCCGUGAUUUUCACCCUGUAUUUAAUUGGAUGGUGGCCGGCCUCCAUCCUUAGUCUCCAAUGUUUGUUUUCCUUCCGUUGGGUUAGCACAAUAUAUUCGCUUGAUACAGAAAUGUUAUCUGGUAUUUCGGACAUUUUCCAUGUUUCGAAAGUCAAGUUGCUGGCUCUCGGGGGCGUUGGUAUCAUCCGAUCUUGGGAGGAGGGUGAGUGCAGGUUCUCUUGCCUCGCAUUCUUUUGUUAAUUCCUGUGGGCUGUGGCAGCAAAGAAACAUUUGAAAAACUGCUACAGCGGUAGCAAUGAGUCUUCCACCCAGGGCAAGGCUGGACCCCAGGGGUCUUUCUGUUCCUCGCAUCGUGUAACUUUCAACAAAUGUGUGAUGGAUUUGAGCGCAUGAAAAACAACUUCUGGUCGGCCAUUUUGUCCUGGCCGGCCAGUCAAGGAUCCUCAUUUUAGGUGGACUUUAACAUCUAAAAAUCGAAGAUACUUUAAACGCAUUUUUGUGCAAUCCAAAAUUUUCUGCGCGAAAGAGAAAAAAUAUAUUGGUAAAGUUUUGGAAAUUGUGUGUGUAUUUGGGGGGGUGAUGUCUCUAAUAAAGGGCUUUA